AUGCUAAAUUUUAACGUAACUCUCAUUUUUAUGGCGUAUGGAGCACCUGGACCACUCAAUUAUGGAGUUUUCUUUGUCACUUUGGUGACCUAUCUUGCAACAAUGUUUGCCAAUAUGAUUUUGAUGCUGGUGAUCUACUGUGAUACAAGCCUACACAAGCCUAUGUACAUAUUUUUAUUCAACCUGGCAGUGAAUGGACUGAUUGGAAGCUCUGCUGUUCUGCCUAACAUCAUGAGCAAUCUUAUUGAUAAUAUGAAAAACAUCUCAUAUAAUAAUUGUCUAUUGCAAGUAUUCUUUAUCAAUUUUUAUGCAGGUUGUGCAUAUGGGAUAUUAACAGUUAUGGCAUAUGAUAGGUAUGUGUCCAUUUGUAAACCACUGCAAUAUCAUAACAUAAUGACACCGGCUAAAGUUGGGCUGCUGAUAGGUGUUGUGUACAUUUUUCCUAUGUGGUUUUUAGCUGUACAACUACAUUUUACAUCAAGCUUACCUCUGUGCAGGUACACUAUAAACAAGCUGUUCUGUGAUAACCUAGCAGUAGUCAGUCUAGCCUGUUUUAAGAGUGCACUUGUAGACCUGUAUGGUUUGGUUGGGGUAGUAAUUUUCAUUGUUUGUCCUCUGUCAUUGGUCAUUAUGUCAUAUGUAAGAAUAUUAUUUGUUAGUUUGAAAGCAUCGGCAAAUGCCAAGAAGAAAGCUCUAAAAACCUGUGCCCCCCAUUUAAUCACAUUUAUUAAUUUUUCAUCAGCCAGCCUUUUCUCUGUAAUAUAUAACCGAUUUAGUAACUACCUUCCAAAAGAGCUUAAUGUUUUCAUGUCUAUUCAUUUUAUUCUCAUUCCGCCCCUCCUGCACCCACUUAUAUAUGGUAUGAGAACUGAAAGCAUUAGCAAAAGUCUCAAAAAGAUUCUGCAGAAAAAAGUUUUUGCCUUUGAAUUUCAUUUGAAAUCUGAAGACAACAUGAAAAAAUCAGCUUUUAGCUGUUUGAAUUAG